AUGCUAGGUAGUCCCCCAGAAGCGACGCUCAUUGUCCUGGCCCGGACAAUAUGCGAGGGUUACCUGCUAGAGGACGGAGCCGGCCAAAGAAACAAUCUUAGAAAACGCCGUGUUGACACAUGCCGUGUACAGAAGACUCGCUGGAAAGACUCCAAGUCGGGGGAAUUAGGCGAUGGCUAUAAACUUACCUAUCACGGCACAUCAAAUCGCAAUGGCGCUAGUGAAUAUAGCGCUAUAUUGAACGAGACGCUCGGAAACAGCGUCACAGCGGUGGAUCGGCAAUCGAAUCGCCUAAUGGCAGUAAAAGUAGACACAAGAGAGAUGGAAUUGCGUGUCUUUUCUGUUUAUGCGCCACAGGUGGGCUGUAGUGAAGAAGAGAAGGCUUUUGGGAAGACCUGGAGCAGUACGUCCAAUCCAAUCUGGUGGAAGACACGUCAGCCUGAAGAUCGUGGUGCUUACCUAGCGGAGAAGAAGGAGGCUAAGAAGGCAGUCUCCAAGGCGAAGUCGGACCGCUACAAGGCUGUAUACGGCAUGUUCGAUACUAGAGAAGGCGAGUGGGCAAUGUAUCGUUUAAUCACAGCGCGUUACCGCUCGACGUUGGAUAUGGAGCACACAAAGAUCGUUAAGAGAGCUGAUGACGCCAUUCUGUCUCGCCAAACACAACUCUAUUUUGUGAACAGGAUCGUUGCAGAAGGACGGACUUCAGACGUUUGGCAAAGUUCCAUGACCGUGCCUAUCUGGAAAGGGAAAGGAGACAUUGCAGAAUGCACUUCGUACAAACCUAUAUAA